GGAAGACAGCAGAAAAGGAGGAGAAGGAGAAAGAAGUGUGCAGGACGCUAAUAAAAGGAUAGCAAAGUAUGAGGAGGAACUUUGUCCAACAAAAGAGGAGAAGGAGCGACAACAUCAACUACUGGACGCUGUUUUCAAGAAACAUCAAGUUGUGUUACACAGAACAGACCUCAAUGAAGAACAUCUUCCUCAUGAGCAGGAGGAGGAACGACAGUCCCCCCAUAUACACGAGGAAGAAGAGGUACCACAUUCCCAACACAUCAAAGAGGGAGGAGAGGAGCCACAUCCCCCCCACAUUAAAGAGGAAGACGAGACGCCACAGACCCAUAAUGUUAAACUGACCCUUCACAUUAAAGGGCAAGCGGAGGACCCACUGAUCUUACACAUCAAAAAUGAAGAGGAGGACCUACUGACCCCUUACUUUAAGGAGCAAGAGAACCCACUGACCCCCUACUAUAAAAAGGAAGAGGAGGACCCACUAACCCCCUACAUUAAAGAGGAAGAGGAGGAGCAAGAGCCGCCGCACAUUAAAGAGGAAGAGGAGGACCAAGAGCCGCCACACAUUAAAGAGGAAGAGGAGGAAGAGGGCAUCAGUCAGCCUAAAUGGUUGGAGGAGUUCCCAGUGACUGGUGUCCCUGUGAAGAGUGAAGAUGAUGAGGUGAAAGGUGAAAGUGAGGAGAGGGGAGGGGGGGAGCCUCCAAGCAGCAGCUCAACACAACACAUGACAACAGAAGCUGAUGGAGACCACUGUGGAGGAUCACAAGCAGACAAGCUCUUAGCUCCACUAUCAGAUAGUGAGGACACAACGUCACACUCUCCUGACACUGAUGAUGAAGACUCUAAAGAUGAUAAGACAUGUCACACUGACAACACUCACUUCACAUCUUCUCUCUGUCACAAAACCCUUAAAUACCGUCGUAGUCUGAAAAGACACAUGAGAACACACACUGGAGAAAAACCUUUUUCAUGUUCAAUCUGCGGUAAAGAUUUUACUCAGAGGCCAGAUUUUAAAGUACACAUGAGAACACACACUGGUGAAAAACAUUUUUCCUGUUCAACCUGUGGUAAAGGUUUUGCACACAGUAGCAAAUUGAAAAGACACAUGAGAAUACACACUGGUGAAAAACCUUUUUCCUGUUCAAUCUGUAGUAAAGGUUUUACACGAAGUCCGAGUUUGAAAGAACACAUGAGAAGACACACUGGUGAAAAACCUUUUUCCUGUUCAAACUGUGGUAGAGGUUUUACACGAAGUCAGAGUUUGAAAGAACACAUGAGAACACACACUGAUGAAAAACCUUUUUCCUGUUCUACCUGUGGUAAAGGUUUUGUUGAAAGUCAGAGUUUGAAAGUACACAUGAGAACACACAAUGGUGAAAAACCUUUUUCUUGUUCAAUCUGUGGUAAAGGUUUUGCACAAAAUCAGAGUUUGAAAAGACACAUGAGAAGACACGCUAGUGAAAAACCUUUUUCUUGUUCAAUCUGUGGUAAAGGUUUUACACAAAGUCAACAUUUGAAAAGACACACUAGAACACACACUGGAGAAAAAUCACAUUCCUGUUCAAUCUGCAACAGAAGCUUUUGUGACCGAUCAACCCUUGUAAGACACAUGAGAAGACACCCAGGAGAGAAAGUGUUGAGUUGCAGUGUGUGUGGUGAAAGAUUGUCUUCUAAGUACCAGUGUAAGAAACACAAGUGUGCUGGUGAGAACAGCAGCAGCAAAUGAAACUGCAGGAUUUGAAAUAAACUGUCCAGACUUUCAUUUUGACUUUCUAACAACAUCAGCACAUAUAACAUGUGUGACAUUGUUGUUUGUCUAACAAUCUGUUUAAUAUGCGCCUACAUUUAUAGAUUAGAUAUUUUAUAUUAAUGCUUUUUUCAGUCAAGUACAUGUAUUAAUAUGCAACAUUGUGUACUUUUGUUAAAAAAUGGACAGAACAAUUUGAGUAAAAAAGUGAGAGUAAACAGUAAAAUACAUAUUUUACAUGCAAUAAACAUGUGUGUAUGUAUACACAUACACACACACACUCUCUCUCUCUCUCUCUCUCUCUAUAUAUAUAUAUAUAUAUAUAUAUAUAUAUAUAUACUGUAUAUUCAUCAUACAAUUUUAGACCUAUUUAUAUGAAAUAUUGAAGUAUUACAUAUUUGUAUUUGUAAUUGUUAAUAAUCCCAUAGAUUGUCACCUUUAUAUGAUAUACAUAUGUACUGGUUCACAUCUGAAACAUCUUCUGGACCACUUCAGGAAGCAUAUUAUUAUUUACUUUAUACAUCAUUUGAACAGUUGUCUUUUAUACAAUUUUAAAAUAUGUGUCUCUUUGAAUCAUUUGUUGGGUCUCUAUAAUCUAUUUUAUUCAUUACCGUUAUUACUCUGUAUUAUGAUGAUUGUGUUGUGAUUGUUUUAUAUGUAUGUCCCCAGGCCUUUAUGCAGUAUACAAGUGAGAGAAAAUGGCUGAGUUUUUGUGGAAGGAUGGCUUUGUUUUUACAAACUUACAUUUGUGGAUAAAUCAAAUAAAUCCAGUAUUGUGUUUUAAA